UGACUCGCCAUCGCAGGAUCAUCGCAUUAUCAUCGCAUUCUUCUCAAAGCCGACGCGAUCCACACACCGACAUCUUACACCAAACGGAUAAUUUAGUCGAUAUACAGAGCAUCGCGUUUUGCUGGAAGCACGCAGAAUGGGCGGUCGAGAGCUUUUCAUGUUACUGAUGGCCGCGACGUCGACGCUCGCUGCUGAGGUGCCGUCGGACUCCGGUACCGGACUGUUUGCCGAGCCGCAGAUCGCCAUGUUCUGCGGGAAACCCAACAUGCACAUCAACGUUCAGACCGGGAAAUGGGAACCCGAUCCGUCCGGAAGCAAGAGCUGCAUCGGGACAAAAGAGGGAAUCCUGCAGUACUGCCAGGAGGUGUAUCCAGAGCUUCAGAUCACAAACGUGGUGGAGGCCAAUCAGCCCGUCAGUAUCUGGGACUGGUGUAAGAAGAGCCAGAAGCAGUGCCGCAGUCACACGCACAUCGUGGUGCCGUAUCGCUGCCUGGUCGGGGAGUUCGUGAGCGACGCUCUGCUGGUUCCUGAUAAGUGUAAGUUCCUGCACCAGGAGCGCAUGGACAUGUGUGAGAGCCACCUGCACUGGCACACCGUCGCCAAAGAGUCCUGCGGUGACCGCAGCAUGAAUCUCCAUGACUACGGGAUGCUGUUGCCAUGCGGUAUCGACCGUUUCCGUGGCGUCGAGUUCGUCUGCUGCCCUGCAGAAGUGGAGAAGUCGGACAGCGCAGCCGCGGAGGACGACGAUUCAGACGUGUGGUGGGGAGGAGCCGAGAACGACUACAGCGACAACAGGUGUGUGUGUGUGUGUGCGUGUGCGUGUGCGUUAAUAAUAAAGCAGUACGAGGAAGAGGAGCUUCUGGACAACGACCAAGAUGGAGAUAGAGACGGAGACGAGGAUGUGGAUGAGGAUGAGGAGCAGCGCCAGAGCAUCAGCGUCGCCAUGACAACCACCACGACGACGGAGUCGGUGGAGGAGGUGGUGCGAGAGGUGUGUUUUGCGAGCGCAGAGACGGGCCCCUGCAGGGCCAUGUUGGCCCGCUGGUAUUUUGUGCGUGAGGAGGGCCGCUGCGCUCCCUUCAUCUACGGCGGCUGCGGAGGAAACCGCAAUAACUUUGAGUCGGAGGAGUACUGUCUGUCCGUCUGCAGCAGCGUCUUGCCGACUCCCUCCUCCAGUCCUCCAGACGCUGUGGACCGAUAUCUGGAGACGCCAGCCGACGAGAACGAACACACACACUUUCUGAAGGCCAAAGAGAGUCUGGAGGCCAAACACCGCGAGCGCAUGUCUCAGGUGAUGAGGGAAUGGGAAGAGGCCGAGAGACAGGCAAAGAGUUUACCACGCAACGACAAGAAGGCCGUGAUCCAGCAUUUCCAGGAGAAGGUGGAGGCUCUGGAGCAGGAGGCGGCUAGCGAGCGACAGCAGCUGGUGGAGACACACAUGGCGCGGGUGGAGGCGCUGCUAAACGACCGCCGACGCCUCGCUCUGGAGAGCUAUCUGUCUGCCCUGCAGGCCGAUCCACCCCGGCCGCGGCACGUGUUCAGUCUGCUGAAGAAGUACGUCCGCGCCGAGCAGAAGGACCGACAGCACACGCUCAAACACUUCGAACACAUGCGCAUGGUCGACCCCAAGAAAGCGGCGCAGAUCCGGCCUCAGGUGCUGACCCAUCUGCGUGUGAUCGAGGAGCGGAUGAAUCAGUCUCUUGGUCUGCUGUACAAGGUUCCCGGAGUCACUGAAGACAUUCAGGACCAAGUCGGUGAGUUUGUGAGGAUGAAUAAAGAAACAUGUGAAUAUGAAGUGAAUAUUUCGCUUGUGUCUCUCUCUGCAGUUGAGCCGGUGGACGCGCGACCUGUCCCGGACCGAGGCCUGCCGACCCGACCAGUGUCUGGACUGAAGCCUGACGAUGUUCCUGAGCUGCGGAUGGAAGCUGAAGAGAGACACAGUGAAGUUUACCACCAGAAACUGGUUUUCUUCGCUGAGGACGUGAGCUCCAAUAAGGGAGCUAUUAUUGGCCUGAUGGUCGGAGGUGUUGUCAUAGCAACCAUCAUCGUCAUCACCCUGGUGAUGCUGAGGAAGAAGCAGUACACAUCCAUCCACCACGGAAUCAUUGAGGUGGAUGCUGCUGUGACCCCGGAGGAACGUCACCUGUCUAAGAUGCAGCAGAACGGCUAUGAAAACCCCACCUACAAGUUCUUCGAACUAAUGCACAACUGAUGGUGUGACGCUCCUCUUCCUCCCUGUUUCUCCUCCUCCUCCUCACCUCUGCAGACGGUGCAGGAGACACCAGCCCGACCUCACCGCUCAUUAACAUCUCACUUCCUAUUGGCCACUUCACAUGACUGUCAGUCAAACAUGACUUCCCAUUGGCUGGACGAAUAUGAACUCGGUCAGUUUCAAGUUAUUGAAGAUGCUGUUUCAAUCUGAAUGCACAAUUAAACAUAUAAUUCGGAUUUAGUUUUAAAUUCACUGCAGAUUGUAAAACUGGGCUGGACAAGCAUGAACAUGAGUUUAAUGCUGUUGGGGUCAGUUUCAAGUUUAAAUUGAACAUAUGAAGUUGAUUCACAUCAAAUUCAAUGCACGGUUCUGAAUUCACUCCAGAUUUUCAACUAUAAAAUUCUGUUGGCUGGACGAACAUCAACUUUUAUCAGAUGGGGUCCGUUUCAAGUAGUUGAAAUACAGUUUCAAAUUGAAUGCACAAUUCAAAUCACAAUUCAAUCUGAAUGCAUAAUUCAAAUUUAGUUUUAAAUUCACUGCAGAUUUUUCAGCUCUAACCUUCCAUGGGCUAGAAGAAUAUGAUCAGAUUAACGCUGUUUGGGUCAGUCUCAAGAUUCAGUUUCAGACUGAAUGGACAAUUCAAAUUCCGUUUUAAAUUCAAAUCACUCAUACUGUAGAACUGAAUUCAUAAUUUCAAUUCAAAUCACAAAUCGAAUUGAUUGCCUAAUUUGAAUUCAAUUCAAAUCACAAAUUGAAUUAAACACAAUUGAAUCGAAUUUAAUGCAUAAAUCAAAUUCAGUUCAAUUCACAAAUGAAAAUUCAGAUUCUCCUAAAUUAACUGCCUAAAUCAAAAUCUGAUCAAGGGCCAAUUUAGUUCAGUUUAAAUUAAACAUGUGAAGUUUGAAAAUUCAUUUUUAAAUUUGAUUCACAUCAAAUUAAAUGCACAGUUGUGAAUUCACUCCAGAUUUUUUAACUAUGACUUCCCAUUGGCUAGACAAACAUGAGUUCAGUUUCAAAUUUAAUGCAGAGUUCAAAUUCAGAUCACAAAUCAGAUUGAGUGCAUAAUUCAAAUGUAGUUUUAAAUUCACUCCUGUUUUCAACUAUGCCAUGCAACUGUCUGGACCAGCAUGAACAUGAAGAGAUCAAUGCUUUUCGGGUCAGUGUCGAGUUCAGCAGAGUUUACAUUGAACACAUAAUUCAAAUUCACUUUGAAAAUUCAGUUUUAAAUGUGAUUGCAAAUCAAAUUCAAUGCACAGUUCUAUAUAUUAACUCCAGGCGUCUGCCGGACAAACAUGAAGAUGAUCAGAUUAAUGCUGUCGGGGUCAGUUUCAAGUUCAGUUUUAGUUUCAAACCAAAUUUCACUCCAGAUUUGAUUUAACUGUGACCUCCUGUUCGGUUUAUGUUGUUAAGAUCAGUUUCGAGUUCAGUUUAAAUUGAACACAAAGUUUGAAAAUUCUGUGAUCCACAUCAAAUGCAAUGCACAGUUCUAAAUUCACUCCAGAUUUUUUGUAUCUAAUGAAAUCAGUUUGAUCUCAUCAUUCCCUAAGCUUUCUGAAUCUGAUCUGUUGACUGACCGUAUCGAGUUGGGUUUUGUGUCGCUGCACCGUCUGCUCUCGCACUACUAACCAAGUGAAACACUGGGAUAUCUGAGGAUGAUUGUCUGAUUCUUCCUCCUCUUCAUCGCACACUGACUGCAGCUGCGCUGUGUUAGGUGAUGCAUUAAACCCGUCAGAGAUUAUUCUGGUAAUCGAUGUCCUUCUGAAUGAGAUCUUCAAAACGUUUGAUCGUUUGUGGUUUCUUUUUCCAAAAAAGAAAAAAAGUGAUAAUUUUAAAAUAAUUUUUUUUUUUUUAGUUGUCGAUAUUUAAGUAAUGCAAAAGAAGAAAGGCUAGUUGUAACUACGUAGUGCAUGAUAGAAAAAAUGACGGGAAAACUCUUCUGCUAUUUGGAUCUCGGUCUUUUCUCACGUAGAGGCGUUUUAGCAGGAUUAAACAGUAACUUGUGAAAAUGUGAUUUGAGUUGCACAAAAAAAUGACUAAAUUGGCUUCAGCUUCUAAUAGAACUUAAACUGAAUUUAAAUGCUUUGAUUUCAAGAUCUGGUUGUUUUUUAAAUCCGGCUGAGAUCCUGUCGAUGUACAUUUACUGUCUUUAAUGUUUUUUUCGUCCUAUGCAUUUCAGAGAUUUA